UCCAUAAAGAAUGCGUUCCAAAAGCAGUGACAUGGAGGGCUCAGCCCGAAAUCAACUUCCAAGACAGAGUAAAGAUGACAGUUUCCAAGGACCUGAGGACAUGAAGCAGAGACACAGAGACAAAGAGCCCACCAGUGAGUCAGAUGCAAUCCUUCCAUAUCCUAAGUCACACAGUGGUAACAGCCACCAAGGAGAAGACCUCUCAAGAGAUGACUUAUUAUUUCUUCUCAGCAUUCUGGAGGGAGAACUGCAGGCUCGAGAUGAAGUCAUAGGAAUUUUAAAGGCUGAAAAAAUGGACUUGGCUUUGCUGGAAGCUCAGUAUGGGUUUGUCACUCCAAAAAAGGUGCUAGAAGCUCUUCAGCGAGAUGCUUUUCAAGCAAAAGCUGACCCUUGGCAGGAGGACAUCUAUGAGAAACCAAUGAAUGAGCUGGACAAAGUUGUGGAAAAACAUAAAGAAUCUCACAGACGAAUCUUGGGACAGCUUUUAAUGGUGGAAAAAUCUCACAGGCAAACCAUAUUAGAGUUGGAGGAAGAAAAGAGAAAACAUAAAGAAUACAUGGAGAAGAAUGAUGAAUUCAUAAGCUUGCUAGAACAGGAAUGUGUAAGAUUGAAAAGGUUGAUUGACCAAGAAACUGAGUCCCAGGAGAAGAAGGAACAAGAAAAAGAGAAGAAGGUCACUGCCCUGAAAGAGGAGUUGACCAAACUGAAGUCUUUUGCUUUGAUGGUGGUGGAUGAACAACAAAGGCUGACAGCACAGCUUGCCCUUCAAAGGCAGAAAAUUCAAGACCUAACCACAAGUGCAAAGGAAACACAUGCUAAACUAGCCCUUGCUGAAGCCAGAGUUCAGGAAGAAGAGCAGAAGGCAACCAGACUAGAGAACGAACUGCAAACGCAAACCACAAAAUUUCACCAGAACCAAGAAACAAUUAUGGCAAAGCUCACCAAUGAGGAUGGCCAAAAUCGCCAGCUUCGACAAAAGCUGGCAGCUCUUAGCCGGCAAAUUGAUGAGUUAGAAGAGACAAACAGGUCUUUACGAAAAGCAGAAGAGGAGCUGCAAGAUAUAAAAGAAAAAGUCAACAAGGGAGAAUAUGGAAACUCCAGUGUCAUGGCUGAGGUGGAGGAGCUCAGGAAACGUGUCCUAGAGAUGGAAGGGAAAGAUGAAGAACUCAUAAAAAUGGAGGAACAGUGCAGAGAUCUCAAUAAGAGGCUGGAAAAGGAAACAACACAGAGUAAAGACUUUAAACUAGAGGUUGAAAAACUCAAUAAAAGAAUUAUGGCUCUGGAAAAAUUGGAAGAUGCUUUCAACAAAAGCAAACAAGAAUGUUAUUCUCUGAAAUGCAAUUUAGAAAAAGAAAGGAUGACUACAAAGCAGUUGUCUCAGGAACUGGAGAGUUUAAAGAUAAGGCUUAAAGAACUAGAAACCAUUGAGAGUCGUCUAGAAAAGACAGAGUUCACCCUAAAAGAAGAUUUAACUAAACUGAAAACAUUAACUGUGAUGUUGGUUGAUGAACGGAAAACAAUGAGUGAAAAAUUAAAGCAAACAGAAGAUAAGUUACAAGCUGCUGCUUCUCAGCUUCAAGUGGAGCAAAGUAAAGUGACAACAGUUACUGAGAAGUUAAUUGAGGAAACAAAACGAGCACUGAAGUCCAAAACCGAUGUGGAAGAAAAAAUGUACAGUGUAACCAAAGAACGAGAUGAUCUAAAAAACAAACUGAAAGCAGAAGAGGAGAAAGGAAGUGAUCUCCUGUCCAAAGUUAACAUGUUGAAAAAUAGGCUUCAAUCAUUGGAAGCAAUUGAGAAAGACUUCCAAAAAACCAAAUUAAAUCAAGAUUCUAGUAAGUCCACAACAGUAUUACACCAAGAAAACAAUAAGAUUAAAGAGCUCUCUCAAGAAGUGGAAAGACUGAAACUGAAGCUAAAGGAUAUGAAAGCCAUUGAGGAUGACCUCAUGAAAACUGAAGAUGAAUAUGAAACUCUAGAACGAAGGUAUGCUAAUGAACGAGACAAAGCUCAGUUUUUAUCUGAAGAGUUGGAACAUGUUAAAAUGGAACUUGCCAAGUACAAGUUAGCAGAAAAGACAGAGUCUAGCCAUGAACAAUGGCUUUUCAAAAGGCUUCAAGAAGAAGAAGCUAAAUCAGGGCACCUCUCAAGAGAAGUGGAUGCACUUAAAGAGAAAAUUCAUGAAUACAUGGCAACCGAGGACCUGAUAUGUCACCUCCAGGGAGAUCAUUCUGUUUUGCAAAAGAAACUCAAUCAACAAGAAAACAGGAACAGAGAUUUAGGAAGAGAGAUUGAAAACCUCACUAAAGAGUUAGAGCGAUACCGUCAUUUCAGUAAGAGCCUUCGGCCCAGUCUGAAUGGAAGAAGAAUAUCUGACCCUCAAGUAUUUUCUAAAGAAGUUCAAACAGAAGCAGUAGACAAUGAGCCACCUGAUUACAAGAGUCUCAUUCCUCUGGAACGAGCAGUCAUCAAUGGUCAGUUAUAUGAGGAGAGUGAGGACCAGGAAGAUGACCCUAAUGAUGAGGAAUCUGUACUGUCCUUCAAAUGCAACUCAUCUACUCCCUGUCCUGUUAACAGGAAGCUAUGGAUUCCUUGGAUGAAGUCCAAGGAGGGCCAUCCUCAGAAUGGAAAAAUACAAACUAAACCCAAUGGCAACUUCGUGCAACCUGGGGAUCUAGUACUAAGCCACACACCUGGGCAGCCACUUCAUAUAAAGGUUACCCCAGACCAUGUCCAGAACACAGCCACUCUUGAAAUAACAAGUCCGACCACAGAGAGUCCUCACUCUUACACAAGCACUGCAGUGAUACCAAACUGUGGCACCCCAAAGCAAAGGAUAACCAUCCUCCAAAAUGCUUCCAUAACACCAGUGAAAUCCAAAACCUCUGCUGAAGGCCUUAUGAAUUUAGAGCAAGGCAUGUCCCCAGUUACCAUGGCAGCCUUUGCCAGGGCACAGACACCAGAGUCUUGUGGUUCCAUAACUCCAGAAAGAACAAUGUCACCUAUUCAAGUUUUGGCUGUUACUGGUUCAGUUAGCUCCCCUGAGCAGGGGCGCUCUCCAGAGCCAAUAGAAAUCAGUGCCAAGCACGCGAUUUUCAGAGUCUCCCCUGACCGGCAGUCAUCAUGGCAGUUUCAGCGUUCAAAUAGUAACAGUUCAAGUGUGAUAACUACUGAGGAUAAUAAAAUCCACAUUCACUUAGGAAGUCCUUACAUGCAAGCUGUAGCCAGCCCCGUGAGACCUGCUAGCCCUUCAGCACCACUGCAGGAUAACCGAACUCAAGGCUUAACUAAUGGGGCACUAAACAAAACAACCAAUAAAGUCACCAGCAGUAUUACUAUCACACCAACAGCUACACCUCUUCCUCGACAAUCACAAAUUACAGUAAGUAAUAUAUAUAACUGAUGACCCUCACCCUGAUCCAGUUUAUACUGACAGCAUUGCAAGGAACUCAGUCCUUUUUUAUAAUGAUCCCUCCACAUCCCCCAAAAGAUGACUGAACUUGUACUUUGGGAAAGUUUAUGCAUGAACUAUCCAAGAGUAUCUGAAACUAACUGUUGCCUGCAUAGUCAUAUCAAGUGUGCACUUACUGUAUAUCUUUUCAUUUACAUAUCUGUAUGGAAAAUAUUUAGUCUGCACUUGUAUAAAUACAUUUUUAUGUAUUUUCAUCUCCAUAACUCACAUUAAUUUGAUUGCAACUUGUUUUGGUGAAAUACUUUAACAUCAUAAAGCAGUAAAUUGUUAUUUUUACCAUU